AUGAAAUCGUCCACCCACUUUUCGCUGCGACACGCUGUUGCCAUUGUUGCAGUUGUUUUAUCAGGCGUUGCCAUCCAUGUCUUUUCUCAAGGACCUUUCAAAAUCCCCGAUGCGCCUAUUCAAGUGGAACAUGUGCAUGAUGAUUACGCACAUGUCAUUGAAGUAUUCAAGGCUAACUUCAAGGAUGGCCAUGAUGUUGGUGCUGGUGUAGCAGCAUACGUAGAUGGAGAGCUUGUGCUCGACAUUCAAGGUGGAUGGCAAGAUGUGGAAAGCGGUGUUCCUUAUACCAAAGACACCUUGAAUUUGGUGUACUCUUCGACAAAAAUGCUGACAGCCAUUGUGGUGGCACAGCUCGUUGACAAGGGAGUGUUGUCGUAUGAUGAGAAAAUAGCAACCUAUUGGCCUGAAUUUGGACAAGGAAAAAAAGAAAACGUGACACUUGGAAAUUUGAUGCGACAUGAAGCAGGUGUUGGAUGUCUCGACAACAUCAUUACAUUGGCUCAAGUGCAAGACCCAGAACAACUUUCCACUCUUCUUGCAUCCCAAGCACACAAUUUCAACGGCACUCUCCAACGUAGUUAUCAUGGCGUAACAGGAGGUUGGUAUGUCAACGAGAUUCUCAAGCGCACUGCCAACUGCACAGUGGACCAAGUAGCUGCAUCCUAUAUGAACGACUAUGGCAUUGAAUGGCAUUUGAAACCCCACGAACCCGAAUUUGACAAUCGUAUCACUCGUUUUAACUUGCUACCUCUACAUCACCAAAUCUACAACACGAUACGAGGUGGUGCGGGAUUCGCUCGCUAUAUGUGGGCCAUGAUGAAGGAUAAGACCAAGGUCAUGUCAAAAACCAUAAGCAUGCCUGGACCUGAUGCAGCGGGCCCAGAGCUUUUAACCGACAAAAAAUACCGCCAAAUCGAAAUGCCUUCGAUAUCCGGCUAUACUAAUGCACGUUCGAUUGCAAAACUUGCAGCAAUGAUGGCCAAUGGUGGUAAGGCGAUCGUAUCAGGCGAACCGGAUUUGCUUUCUACAGCUGCCUAUGCGUUGGCGACUGAACCCAUGGAUCCCGCUUUUGAUUUGAUUAUUCAGAUACCGCUCCAUAUGCAACGAGGAGGAUUCCCUAUGUUCAAGCACUUGGAAAUAGAUGGCAUCACGUUUAAUGGUUGGGCUGGUUAUGGUGGUAGCGUGUUCUUUUGGAACCAGGAACACAAGAUUGGUUUCGGAUUUGCAUCCAAUGCCAUCGUUAGCCCCAUGUCUCCUGAUUAUCGAAGCAUACCACUGAUGGAAGCCAUUGUCAAGCAAGCUAGGUUAUCUCAUCAUGUUUAA